UACAUUUUGACCGUUUAAUUAAUUAGCACAAAAAAUUCACUAAUACAAACCAAAAAAGAAAAACCGACUCCUCCUACAAAAUCUCCAUGGCUCGCGUGGCUUCAAACCCUCUCUGUAUCCAUAGAUUCCGGCCAUAUCUUCAAGCCUCUCAUUCAUCACCAUCACUCCUCAAAUCCACUGUCCACUAUCAAACCAAACCUCGCAAAUUCCCUGCUGUUUCUUGCCAAACAAACCCCGACUCAUCUGAAACCUCCACACCAACGGAAAAAGAGGUCCUUGAACCUGGUCCAGUUAGUGAUGAUACCAAAAGAGAGGAUACAGGUGCGUCCCAAGAUUCUGGGUUACCUGAAUUUCCAAAUAAAGAUGUUAAUAAACGAAUAGCAGUGGUUUCUCUUCUUGCUGCUGCCGGACUUUUCUUGUCUUCAAGGUUGGAUUUUGGUGUUUCUUUGAAGGACUUAUCUGUUGCUGCUUUGCCUUAUGAAGAGGCCCUCUCAAAUGGGAAGCCAACUGUUGUGGAGUUCUAUGCAGAUUGGUGUGAAGUAUGUAGAGAGUUAGCUCCAGAUGUCUACAAAGUAGAGCAGCAGUACAAGGACCGUGUGAAUUUUGUUAUGCUGAACGUUGAUAAUACCAAGUGGGAACAAGAACUUGAUGAGUUUGGUGUUGAGGGUAUUCCGCACUUUGCAUUCCUGGAUAGAGAGGGGAAUGAAGAGGGUAAUGUAGUUGGCAGGCUUCCAAGGAAGUACCUACUUGAGAAUGUUGAAGCUCUUGCACGUGGGGAAGGAUCCAUACCUCAUGCCCGAGUUGUUGGACAAUAUUCAAAUGCAGAAAACAGGAAGGUGCGCUCUGUUGAUCCUAGAAGCCAUGGGUAGAUACUAUGUUCUGAGUUACAAGACUUGUCAAUUUUUCACCUGAAAUUCAGGUCCGAGGUAGCUUGAUAAUGCCGCCACAUAAUCUGAUUGCACCAUUCUGGUAGCAAGGAACAUUGACAUUCAUCUACCGUUUAUCUCUCAUCAACCAAGGACUUCCAAUUUUAGGGGAAAUUAGCUCCACACAUAAUGAUGAAACCCUUUCUGAAGUGAUGUUUUAUACGUUUGGUUUUUUCAAUCUUGGAUUGCUUGUUAUAAACUGUUUUAAUUUUUUCUUCCAUAGGUCUGUUGUGAAAUAAUGAAAUCAUCGCAAGAUGUUGGUUUUUCCACUCAAUAUAUCAUAGGUGGAACGAAGAUGGAAUGUUCUGUUUUGCAAAUGAUUCAUAUGAAAGAGUUUGUAUGAUGUAGUGGUUUCUAGUUUAGUCAUGACUAGAUUGUGCUCAGGAUCU